GGAACAUUGCGCCAACGCCCAUAGAGCGCGCCACACUUAGAUCUCCACGCUGGAACACGAAAUCAACCAUACAAACGCUGCGACUCUUCCUGCAGUAUUUCCAUCUCACAUAAUCGCCGCCAUGGGCACCGUCCUGCCAUACCGCGACAUCAAUGUGCACUCCUCCCCCUCGCACUACGCCUUCUCCUCCCCGUCCUCGCCGACUGCACCCACAUUGGUCGUAGAUCGCCCUUCAGGUGACAUUCGUCUGCACGAUGGCAAGCUUCUUGGCUCGAAGAGGGUGUCCAGCGUCGCUGGCAUCCUCGGCAUAAUCAAGCUGCGACUAGACAAGUACAUUAUCGUGAUCACCAAGGCCCAGCCUAUGGGCAGGAUAAAGGGCCACAUGAUCUACAAGGUCGUUGCUACCGAAUUCCUACCCCUGCGCGAACGGCCGCUGCACGACCCUGACGAAGACAACUACUUGUCUCUGCUCAAGACACUAAUCAAACAGUCGCCGCUAUUCUUCUCUUACUCGUUCGACAUCACAAACAGCUUCCAGCGACAAGCGCACCUCGAUCCUUCGACGCCCCUGUGGAAGCGCGCAGACGACCGAUUCUUCUGGAACCGCUUUGCGUCCAGCGACCUGAUCGACUUCCGAGGAGGACUGAGUACCGGCUAUGGAAGACAUUCGAGCGGACAGUCGCCAGAUGUGGACCCGUACAUUCUUCCUGUCAUGUACGGCAUGAUGGAGAUCAAGAACACUUCGAUCAAGGGCACGCCACUCACGUUCAUCUUGGUCACACGCAGGUCGCGCCUCAAGGCAGGAACACGAUACUUUUCGCGUGGCAUUGAUGAGAAUGGCAACGUGUCGAACUUCAACGAGACGGAGCAGGUCAUCAUUCUCAAUGACAGCGCCUCAGGUGGACCAGGAGGCUUUGGGUCGAACCAGAAUGGUGCGGCUGGCGUAGCGGCUGGCAAAGAGACGCAGGUCCUGGCAUAUGUCCAGACCCGAGGCAGUGUACCUGUCUACUGGACCGAGAUCAACACUCUCAAAUACACACCAAAGCUGCAAGUCCGAGGCGUGGAAAGCGCGGUCCCUGCUGCGAAGAAGCACUUUGCUGAGCAGAUUCGACUAUACGGCGACAACUGGAUGGUCAACUUGGUGAACCAGAAGGGCCGUGAACAGCAGGUUAAGGAAGCGUACGAAGAGAUGGUCAAAUUCUUGCUGACUUCGCCCAACGAAAACGUUGAAGGCGACAAGAUCACCGACGAAAAGUUCCACAUUGUCGAGCCCGCAAACGCCCAGACCGUUUGGGACCGUCUUCACUACGUUUACUUCGAUUUCCAUACAGAGACGAAGGGUCUGCGCUGGGACCGAGCCAAGUUGCUGAUGGAUCAGCUGGAGCCACACGUGUUAAAGCACGGCUACUUCCGGUCUGUAGACAUGCCUGGUGAUGGUAGUCGUGUUGAGGUCAGACGCCAUCAGACCGCUGUAGUCCGCACGAACUGUAUGGAUUGCCUUGACCGUACGAAUGUCGUACAGAGCAUGAUUGGCCGAUUCAUGCUGACACGCAUGCUUAUCGAUCUUGGUCUGAUGCGUGAAGGCGAGAGUGCUGAAGAGGACAAGGCAUUUGAGUUCCUCUUCCGUAACGUAUGGGCUGAUAAUGCGGAUGUCGUCUCCAAGUCGUACUCUGGCACUGGCGCAUUGAAGACUGACUUUACACGUCUUGGUAUUCGAACCAAGGGCGGCGCGCUCCAGGAUCUCAACAACUCCAUCACACGUUACUGUCUCAACAACUUCAGCGAUGGGCCAAGGCAGGAUGCUUUUGACCUGUUCCUCGGAACUUACCUACCUAGCGACUCUGCUAUUGGUGGCCAGCUUCUGUUUGCCGACCGAAGGCCCAUUUUCAUUCAAGCGAUACCCUAUAUUCUAGCUGCAAGCAUCUUUUUCAUUCUUGUUGGCACCUUCACCCGCCGCACACCAGAUGCCGCGGUAUGGCCACUGCGCCUUCUCCUUGUUCUCAGCCUUGCCACCACGGGCGCGUGCUUGAACUUCAUGUGGACCAAUGGCACUCUCUACGUCAACUGGCCGAAGCUUAACCGCCUCCCCCACCAGGUCGAGGCAUACCAGUCCAGCCUUAACAAUGUCUCUCACAACCCCGUCAUCGGCUCGUUGGUGGACACGAAACAUGAGCGCGGCAAGAGCGAUGCUAGGCUGCUCGGGUUGGAAGAGGGCAAGAAGAGGAUGGAGUAAUUCGAUUUUCCUUUGUUUGAAAAGCAGUACAAUGCACCAGUAGAUUUCCUUGAGUAUAAUAUACGUAGAUGGGGGGUCCUAAGAGCUUGUAAUAGACAUUUGUCGCACUCGAUACCAAAUUCUCUUAUCCGUAUCGCACCCGAUACAAAUGGCGUGCACAUCAU